AUGAGUUUUGAAGAAGACGAUAGUGGAACAUUCACGCUGCGAAUUAAGUCCCGUUCAGGUAAGAUUUGUGUUUCGUUAUGGAGUACUUCCCAUGACGAAAAUGGACAUCUUAUAAACAUCCAAGUGUGAAUUCAGCUGUUCGAUCGUGAUCUCUGUUAUCGCAUGACUGAGUUCUAAAGCGUCAUUUUAUUUCGGUGACACCUAUUUUGGCUGUAUUGAAAUGUUCUCAGACCGUCAGAGAGAGGCCUUUUGUUUUUAUACAAUAAAUUAAAGGGAAGCUUCGCAUUUAAACGAGAAUUUUCUUAGGUGUUGUCUUCCGAAGGUUUCAAGCAUGUUUGUGAGUCCACGCUCUCGAACGGAAGGGUGGUUUUCUUGCGGACAAUAACCUAAUCCCGCAAUUGUCAUCAGGAUAGAAAGUUUCUUAGACUUAAACAAUAAACUUAAUUUUUUCCCGUGGGUUUUUUUUUCGCUCUCGGGGUAAAUAAUUUCAGCUUUGAAGCGAAGCAACUCGUGCCCGUUGAGUUCUUAGGUCGCUUUCGCCAUGUUGUUUUGUUAGUCGUUCACGGCUUACUUGACGUGUUUUUAUACUCUUUAUGUACCUUCUUGUUCGGGCUCUUCAUCCUGACACCUAAAUGAAUAAAAAGUGCUACUUUGUUUACUAUUAGGAUCUUUGAACUCAAGCUUUGAAUACCAAGUCAUUUAAAUCUGGAGGUUGUAGACGGUUCGGCAUUCAAAAAUUGUUUUGAAGAUUGUUGUAGAGCGCAAUGUGCUCAUUCCUUCACUUUAUGGACAUAGCAUAAGCGGCUAGCCGUUAUGACAACACAGUACAUGAUUUCCAUAAUUGACCUUAAAAAGCUGGGGUACUUUUUUAUUUAAGUUUUUUAGAGAAACCAUAUGCCGAUAAUUGGGAAAUUAGAACACCAAUGAUUUCACUAACAAGAUCGAAUAAAAGGUCAAAUACAAAGUUUUUUGCGAAUUUUCACCAUGCGAGAUUUAUCUUGUUAUGAGUCGAAUACCUCGCAUUUGAGAAAUGCCUGUGGCUUUUUAGGAGCUUACUGUCUCUUCACUCUUCACGUGUUCAAUUACUCCGUUGAAAUCUACAUCGUUGUGGAUUUCACGAGGAAUGGAACAAGCGAAUUUCACGCAACCCUGUUGAAGCAGAUGCGCUCAUAUAUUGAGGACACUAACAUAUCAGCUGAUUAAUUUAAGUGAUUUUGAUCCAGACGUGAAAUAUUUGCAUUGUCAAUAUCCUUCCGUGGGAAACCACAAUACAUUUUACAUUUAGAAUUUUGAACACACCAAUUCAAUUAGCAGGGGGCUGAGAUUUAAAACAUUAAGAGUAAGGUUAGAAUAUCAGUAAACUCAUCAAGUAAAAUCGAAAUUUUAGCCCUGGGUUUGUUACAAAAGUAAUGUUCAUUUGGCAUAGGAGAUAAUUCAUUACCUCAGCUCAUUACAUAUUAAAGCAGUGGUGAGGUAAUUCAUAACAGUUAAUUUUGGGGUUCAAAUUAAUAGAUCUACAUGUAUCAGAGCUAAAGACUUUUUUAAAAAUUAAAUGUAAUUUGAUCCAGUUAUGAUUCCCUACAGAGUACCACAAUGAGUUGUAAUUUUAGAGCUAAACCUAGUAGCUAAACUGUAGGCUAAUAAAGGGAAAUUAAUCUAUUAUGCAUGAUGGAAUAUGCAAUGUGUUUCUCUGCCUUUACUGAGCACUUUUAAGUCAAAGUGUACAUUCAUACCACCUAAAUGCUUUUGUGCAGCUUUUUCAACUUUGAAACCCUUCCAGUGAUUGGGAAGAAAUGUAUCAUUCUGAAUAUUCUAUCUUUCUUGUUUCUAGAUUUCAAAGGGAUUCAUUCUCUCUCCAAGAUAUUUUAGCCAUUUUUCCCUCAUUCCUGUUAUUUUUGUUUUUACCAUUUCUCUAUCUUAAUUCUCCAAUUUUUUUUACCCCUCUGGCACAAGAAGCUUGAUGAUUGUUGUUGAUCGAUCAACCGUUUGAAUGAAAAUUUAUUAAAGAAAUCAGAAUUAUCAUGUACUUUCAUUGUAGAAAGUAUAAUUUAUAAGAUCAUAGGUCAUUGGAUUCUCCCUGUUUUUGUUGAUAUUUCCUUUAUGUUUCUUCAAAGGAGCAGAAUGUUUUCUCUCUGUCAUGCUGAAAUAUUGGAUAGUUGCAUGUACAUGUGAUAUUGCUUACUCUAUUUAUGUACCUUUCACUUAUCUUCAUUCGUGUUCUAAAUAUAGAUCUGUCACUGGUGAAAAGGAAGUUCAAAUUCUUUUAAUGUUUGUGUAUAUGCUCUCUGAUUAAUUUCCUUUUCUGCUCUAUUUUUAGAUGAACAUGAAGGAACACAGAAGAAAACCUUCACAAAGUGGAUAAAUGCACAACUAGCCAAGGUACAAUACAUGUUUUCUCAUAUCACUUGAUUUCUGUUUUUUUUUUUCCAUUUUGUUACCAUCUCUGUUGUUUUUGUCUCCGGGGGUGAUUUCUUUAAUGUCUAUAGCUUAUGUAGUUGUAUAAUAUAUACUUGUGAUAGUUCUUUAUCACUUUGAUUGUAAGUAGAGAAAAAAAGUAAUUUUUUACAUGUGGUAAGGGCUUUCAACACGAUUUAAAGUAGAAGGCAAAUGAGAAAUAUUAGGAAGUAAGGUUAUUGCAAAUGCCAUGUUGUUAUGUCAAAUUACAUGGGAAUUAUUUGCAUGAAUCUUCCAGCAAAUUCUGCACGUGGGAUGGAGUUGUGCAUCUAAGCUUGUUGUGUGCAAAUUAUGCAUUUAAUUCCUUUUCAAACUGAUGAAAGCUGUUGUACAAUUUUUUUUAUGGUGUUUCAUCAACUGAACAAUUUUACAAUAGAAAUUACUGUAAAAUGAGGGGAAAGUAGUUUGCUAAAGAUGAUAGACAAGCCAACAGUUGAUGACAGCUCUGGUGAUGAGCUGGGUGAGUGAGGAGAGGGGGGAGGCAGGAGGGGAGGAGGGGAGGAGGUGCGAGUUGGAACAACCAGGAUAAUGCAGAUAUUUAGCACAUGCAAAUUGUAGAUGAUCAUUUUGGUCACUUUGCACAGAAGUUAAGGGCUAGUUUAUUUCAACAAUUGUGGUGUGAUUGUAGCAUUUACUAUUAUACACUUUUUGGUGGUGUAAUUCGAAUUUUUCAAAACUAUUCAUUUUCUGUGUUGGUAGGCUGGCAGUGGCCAACAAGUUAAGGAUUUGUUUGAAGACCUAAAAGAUGGAACCAAACUACUUCUGCUGCUGGAAAUUUUAUGUGGAAAACGAAUUGUAAGUCUGAUAGAUUGUUGUAAUCUUGAUUUCUGUGUCAUAUAAAUGUUUUUGUAAUUGAAAAAGCACUUUUUGUGACUCCCCUUUGAAAUGUGUACUGCAGUUACAUGUCAUGUUCUAUAUAACUUUAGUUACAGCUAAGAGUAUUUACAGUAUUCUGAUUUCCUUUAAAAUAAGUGAAAUUUUGAGUGUAUGUAAUCUAAAAAGACGUGCAAUUAAGGCUUAAUUCUCUAUGUCUUAAAAUCCAUUUGUUUUGCAUUGUUUGAUAGAGAAGUGAAAAAGGACGCACCCGUGUUCACUUUAUGACCAAUGUAGACAAUGCCCUCCGGAUCCUUGAGGAAAACAAUGUAAGUGGUUUUUACCAAUUGUUUGUGUUGAUUCAAACGUGUAUGCAUACUUAUCAGGCUUUUACCAACAUGAAUAAAUUAUACUUUUUUCUAUUGGUCAGGUACGACCUGUUAAUAUCAGUAAUGAUGACAUUGUUGAUGGAAACCCUAAACUAACCUUGGGGCUGAUGUGGUACAUCAUUUCACACUUUCAGGUAUGAAGAAAAAAAAUUUUUUUCUACACUAGUGCAUUAUAUUAUUGACAUGUGACAAUUGUGCUCUGCGGGAGGAGCAGGCAAAUGCACCAAGCAGGAAGAUACACGUAACGUCUUGUAAAUGUGACUGACUUUUGGUCACCUUGUCACACCAUGCCUCCACACAGGAAGGGUGCUUAUGUUGUACAUGUAAAUCUUUCAGUAAGAGGUUUGCUUCCUGACAUUGCAUGACUUGCAUCAUAGGGGUUAGAGGAAUCUUGUACCCUCAAGAACUGCAGGUUGAAAACACACCCUCCAAGAGGUUGAACUCCUUCCUAGGAUUGUUGAGAUACUCAAGCUUUAUCACUUUGCAAUGAGGUGUAAGCUCAAUGUGAAGGAUAAAGGCAAUAAUGGGCUGGUGGAUGCUUUCUGAAAAUGUGACAGUCAACAGGUCAAAAACUGACAAGAAUUCUCUGACUUAUUAACCAGGGGUUUCAAAAACACCUCUUACGGCCAUCUGUUUAGCUUGCAAGCAGGCUCUUAUGUUUUGGUAUGGUGUUUAUUGUCCCCAAUCUGCUCCAUCAACUGCUACUGCAGAAUGGUAUCAUAAGAGAUGUGGUUUGAUAUGGAAAUGCUAAUAUAAAUGUACAGCUUUAUGAGACUCAUUUAAAAUUGUGUAGAGGAUCACAUCUAUGCAGCAAGUGAUAAAUAAUUCAAUGUCUUGCAUUGUAGUUGCAAUUGCUGCUCAAGAAUUUGAUGUUGGAUUCUGAUUCAGAGACACCAGAGGAGAAACUGCUGGCCUGGUGUCGUCAGUCAGUUAGGGGGUGAGUGAUGAUGUCAGACAAAUGACACAUGCAAUGCAUUAUGGAGUGCAUAGAUUACAGGAAAUAACAAGGGAUAUACAUGAUGUAGCUUUACUUUUGUACUUGAAGAAAUUUCCUUUUGAUGGGAAUAAGCUCUGAGCUAAUAUUUAGCUAUUCUGAGGAUUUUUCCUUGAUUUUACAACUUAAAAUUAGAGACAUAGUUAUACAUGUAGAUAUACAAUAUGUGGUUUAUGUAAUUGAGGAUAAGGUGUAUUUUGAUUGCAAGGUAUAACAAUGUAUUUUGGGUGAAUUGAUUUCUAAAUUGGAUCAAAGUACUAUGUUGUAGUAAUAUCCAUCAAUGUUUUUUAUAUUAGAUAUGACGGUGUGGAUGUCAAGAACUUUACCACAAGCUGGCGUGAUGGACUGGCAUUCAAUGCGUUAAUCCAUAGAUACAGGUCAGAUGCUUCUUAAUUUCUUCACUAUUUAUUGCUGAAACAUGUACUUCAAGACAUCCACUGCUACGUGCCACUUCCACUUCCUGACUUGUCUACCACCCACAAUCUAUUACCUGAUAUCUACCACCUACCAUUUCCUUCCUGCCACCCUUCAGGAACAGUCUACUACUUUCAUCUAUGACCUAAUAAAUGCUUUUGAUCAUCCUCACCCACUAUUUUUUAGUUGCCACCCAUUAAUCAUCAAAUUACCACCCACAUCCUUGACCUGAGACAACCCACCUCCUCCUUCCUGCUGUCCAUCGAAAGGAGUCUAUUGCCCACAUCCAUGACCUGCUAAAUGCUUCCCAUAAUACUCUACAUGCAUCUCAUCCCUUGAAGUCUGCUGGUGAUUUACCACCCACAUCCAUGACCUGACACCAUCCUCUCUGAAAAAGUACAAAAUUAAAAAAAGAACGACAACAAACAAAACAAUCGAAAACCGUUGACUCUCAAGUAUUUGAUAAAGGAAAAGAAAAUUGCAAGUUCUUUGUAGUUGCUGUACUUUAACCCUUAACUCCCAGAAGUGAUUGACAUUAACAUUAACAUCUCCCUAUUAUAUCUGAACUUUAUCCAGCAAACAGGUCAUGAGAAUAUUCAAACUUAUCAGGUAGAAGUUGUUAUCUUGAUCUGACACCAGAUUCUCCUAACUUAUUUACAAGGAAGUGUGUAGCAGCUAGAGGGGAGAAUUAACAAUCAGAUCUUGGGAAUUAAAGAGUUAGCAACAUUUUUUCUCCUCUUCAGACCCCAUCUGUUUGACUACAGUGACCAACUGGAAAAGAAUCCUUCCGAUUGCUGUGAACACGCUUUUUCCGUUGCAGAGCAGUUUCUUGAUGUAGACAGACUUUUGGAUCCUUCAGGUACUGAUUAAAUUUAAGACAGGCCAACUUCUAGGUUUUCACAAUAAAAUAUUUUGUUCUGUUCUGUUCAGUCUGGUUUAACUUUUUUUAAUCCAAUGUAAAUGAUGGGUUAUUGCAGCAUCUGGCCUCUGUUCGUGAAGUUAAUGGAAGAUUACAAAUGAGGCGAUUUUCAAAAGCAAAAUUUCUUAGUUGAUAAUUUAAUUGCGCAGGACACAAUCAUCCUCAAUCCUUUUAACUGUACUUAUGUUGGCCAAUUAUUGCUACAAGGGACACCUAAGUUCUUUGCUGCUGAUAAUCCUUUCUUCUACUGACGGUUUUAACUGGUACAUAUGUACAUUGACAUGCGUAUAAAUACAUUGAAAAAUUGUACCUCAUAUGUACAUGUGUGUUUUUAAGACAAAUGCCGGAACAUUCAUUAUUGAAUGUGUUGUGUUAUAAUUUUUUUUUCAGAAAUUGGGCAGCCGUAGCUAUCGUGUAAUUUGUCUAAAAUAUCUUUAAAACAAUUGUUAUUAUAUCAAUUAAGAACAUUCAGGAGGGAAUUUUCUGGAAUAUUUGGAAACAUUCAGGGUAGUUAAUCUGAGCCUCAAUAAAUUUAACAGCGAAGUUUUAACACCCAAAAUUAAAUCCAAAUGAUAUAUAUUUUGCAGACGUUGUGCGUGACCGACCAGACAAGAAGUCAAUCCUGAUGUACGUUUCGAACUUGUACAACAAGCUAGCACCUGGCGUGACUCACAUGACCGUACAAAGGAACGCUACGAGUACAUCGUCACGCAAGAUCGAGAAGUCGGAACACACUCAUACCGUGUCGAAACGCACGAUUAGCAGCACGUAUCACACUGAACACACAGUGAAACACGUGAAAAAGGGUUAUGAUGAGAGAGAACCCGUGAGAUAUGUGACCACCACAAGUACCACAGUGAAGGAGCCGCCAAUACAACACUCAGCCAUUACCACUGUGGUAAGUCUACAAUCAUAUCAUAUAAUUAUAUCACAUGUAAGUCACUAAAAAGCCGAUUGAACUUGAAAGGUAAACCAUAAUUAAAGACAUCGUAGAAAUGUAGUUUGAGAGAAAGUUAUGCUCCGACGAUGUUCGAACACGUGAUUUCCAGAUACCAACUGAGCAACCAAGCCAAAUGGGUGUGAGGAAGAUAUGAACGUAAUUUGCAAUGGUGAUAAAUUUGAAAAUGUGUUUUCAAAUCUCAAUAAAAGAAAAAAAAUCUAAUAAGUUACAAUUCUCUCUGAUUUCUCGCCGCGACAAACAGGAUGCUUGAGAAUUUUUUCGUUUCGUGUCUCCAGGACCUCUUUCGGCGUGUUUAUUUUUAUCGCUCUGUCUCGUGACAUUCACACGUUUAGUGAUCAUAACUUAAAGUUUGUAAAGUAAGCAAAACAGUGUUACUAUUCAAAUACCGAACACACUGAGUUGCAACAGUGGAUAAUCAAAAUUCCUUCAAGUUGUCAGAUUAGAUAAAUCUUUGUAAUGAUAUACGGUCCUGGAAACUAGAACAAUUAUGACGGAAGCCAUUAAAUUCUACGUGGCGGUAAUUUUCAAUUCCUUAUCUUCAUGUUUACCAGGAAACUUGGAGAAUCGCCCGAAAAUUUUAUAAGAGGUUCAACGUGCUAUAAAGAAUGCUCAAGUUGAUGACCCAUUUUUUAAAAUUUUUUUUCAUGCCCAGGUUGAACGUAGUCAGGAAUCUGAGAGACCCGACUCCAUGGUCAGUGAAACCAGCAGUAUCCGAGAUUCUGUCGGUUCGUUUAAAGAGUGGGAAGACUACAACACUGCGCUACAGGAUGUUUUGAAUUGGCUGUCAAAGGCAGAAAGAACUUUGGAAUCACAAGAGAACAUCUCUGGUGAAGUGGACGCCGUCAAAAAGCAGUUUCACGGACAUGAGGUAAAUACCACUUCCUAAAAACCGACUUUGAGGUCUGUUAUCUUUACAAGACAUUAACUCGACACUGUACGUUCGAACAGGAACUACAUUCCUCAGUAAGUGCUCAUACUCACUGAACGUAUUUAUACUUAACCAAACAUGCUAUUAAGAUGGUGGUUGAUAUGAGGAUCUUCGACGAUAUAUGUUCCAACCGUUUCUCUGAAUAUUUCGAAAAUUUCUGACUACGCUGUGCUUUUAGGAGGAAAGGAGGAAAGGAGGAAACUGAUACAAUUUGAAUUGAAAUAAAAUUCAUUUGAUCGGCGGAUUGAGAACCAAGUAAGGCAAUGUUCCUCGCUGGUGAGCUGGAAUUUUAGAAAUUACAUAAAAUUUAAAGAAACUUGAGAAAAUUCAGGCUUCGACAGAAGAUUGCCGUAGGCUUCCAGAGGCCUUGCCCUUCCAAAAUAUCUGUUUUCUGAUUUACGAUAGUUGACAACAUAAAAUGCGAUUAAGUUUUUUUUAAAAUAUUUUUAAAAGGUUGCGAUUAAGGUGAUUCCUCAGAACAAAAGUUAUGGAACAAUUUUUUUAAACUUUCUUCAAAUGUUCCCUACCAAUAUCUGUUUCGAAAAGUACAAUAAAAAAGAUAAGUCACCGUGCUUGUUUAAGAGAUAUAAAGGGCCAAACUUAUCUCAUUUAUGCCUGUACUGGUACAAAUCACACGCGUCAUUUCAUCGGUUCACGGUACAUUUUGCUGUAGCUGGAAGCAAGGUUUUUUAAAAUAACACUUGAAAAAAAUUUAACAAUUUGAUAUAUAAUUUGUGGGAAAAUCACGCAAAUGCGCGCGCUUAUACGCCCGAUUACGUGAUUUUUAUGCGCAGUUGAGGAUUCGCCGUGCAAUACUGAGGAAUCACCUUGAGUUAAAAAUAUAUUUAUUUGAAUGAAAAAUGUUUGCAAGAAAAGUUUUUUCUAAUUCCAGGACUUCAUGAUGGAGCUUACCUCUCAUCAGUCGGAAGUGGGAGCUGUUUUAGAGUUUGGUAACCAACUGAUUAGCGAGGGGCUUGUGAACGAGAAGGAAGAAACUGAGAUUAGAGAACAAAUGAUCUCACUCAAUGACCGAUGGGAGGCACUGAGAGUUGCGGCCAUGGACAGGCAGACAAAGUUAGUAAAGCUGGUGCUAAACAUUGUAGCUCUGGUGCUAAACUCUGUCGACAGAAAUAAUAGAUAUUCGCUCGCACAAACAGUGGCCCACAGUACAUGUAUUAAUUUUACUUGGAAACCGUCGGAAGUUAGGCAUGGUCAAAUCGUAUGACACACAGUGGGAAAACUCUCAGCGGUUUCAGUGAUUCGAGAAAUCUGAUUGGCCCGCCAUCUUGUGAAAAUGCGUGAUCGUAAAACCAGAAACAAAAUGGCUGGCAUAAACACGCGUUUUUUGUCAGUCUGUUUUUUUACGAAAAUAUUUUUCUUGUGAGGAAAAGUUAAAAAAAAUCUUCAAAACCUUUAUUUUAAAGUUUAUUUUUCAUCUUGAUCAUCUCUAAUGUACGGAACUUGAAAUUUGUAAACGUCCUUACCAGGUAAAAUUUACUAAAAUACGAAGAAUCCAUUAUAGCCUCGUUUGCCCACCGGAAUAAAGCUUUUCAUGGCACAAAGAAAAUAUUACAAGAUGUUAAAAUAAAGCAAAGCUUACCUUACUCACAGCCGCGUUUGGUGGGCACCUAACCCUGAAUGACACCACAAGAAAUAAUGUCCACUUGAAAAGUUGAGAAUGCUCACAUCUCACCGUUACUGGUAGAAAAUGACAUUGGAUUUCAACAACGGUUGUCCAAAGUUCAAUGUUCAACUUAUACGAGCUUCAUAGAGCGUUGUAGUGUCCUCGGCCUCUCAUGACCUCUGAUUUUUAGGCAAAAACUGUACCUUAAAGUGUCAACCCAAAUGUUUUCUCAAGCACGCCGUUGAUUUCUAUUUUGGACGUAUUUCUUUUGAAUGACUGUCUGAGAAAUCUUUUGGAAGAAAAAAUUUUCAAAGACUUUAUUUUGUUUUCGGGCAGAAUAUUAAUCUUGCUUUUUGGAAUAAAGAAAAUAUCACGGAGAAAAUAAUAGAGGAGGAUAUUACGCUUUCCCUGGCGCGUGAUCAGCGCGCGUUUUACAAGAAUGUCGGCUUUAUGGGCAAACAUCGCAAUUGAGGAAAGUCUUCAAUUUAUCACUUGAUGCCCUCAUGGGCACGAAAUCACCAGUGUUCGACAAGUGGAACUCUGUCGGCAUUCUAAGACGUAUAUACUUGUAGACAUGUAUUUUUAGCGUAACGUUUUCUAAAAAUAGCAUGCACCUGGUAUACUGCUAGUAAGGCGAUAGUCUGGGGAGACGUGGACACUGUUGCCUUUCGGGGCUUCUACAAUUUGUUAACAUUGGUGGAGAAAAUUGAAUUCUAAAAUGUUGUGUUGUUGUUUCCUUGCGUCAGGCUUCACAUACAGUUGAUGGAUCUCCAACAAAAGCAGAUCAAUUCCUUGGGCGACUGGCUGGCUGUGGCCGAAAAGCGAAUCGAGAGCUCGGAAAAUAUUGGCUCUGAUCUGGACACCGUGAAACGCCAGGUGGAAAAUCACAAGGUAUGAGAUUCACUUUGUAUUUAUUACCAUGACUAAUUUUUUAACAUUGCAGACAUUUGUAAGUUCGUCGAUUCCCUCCUUAAACUUGCUAAAGAUUCGGAAUCUUAGCGCUCGUGAUAUUGUAUGAAGUGAAGGUAGGUCUGGCCGCACAAGGAGAACCAUUCCUCGGCUACGUAGUCUAUUGACUGACUUUCCAUUUGUUGGUAUUAACCUUGUUGGGUCACACAGUUUUUCCAGGAAGACCUUGAGAAGCAGCAACUGCAGGUGAACUCACUGACGCACAUGGUUGUUGUAGUUGAUGAGAGCUCUAAUGAGAGUGCAACCGCUGACCUGGAGGAACAGCUGGCGGUUCUUGGGGAGCGCUGGUCAAACGUUUGCAAGUGGACAGAGCAGAGGUGACGCAAUCUUAAUUAAGAUUCUCUGUGUUGAUGUCUGGAAAAAAAUGUUUCCCCCCUCGCUCGAAUUCUCUCGUCUCGGAUUUGGUGUGCUGAAGUUUUUCUUCCCCCAUUUGUAUUUUUGAAGAAAGCGAUCCUGUAAAUGAACCCAAGUAAAAUAAUGGACUAUCUAUCCUAUAGGGGGAUUUGCAUGCCUAUUAUCACAUGUUAAACGCCUCUUGUGGCUUAUUUACGGAAGAUUUUGGGGGCUGGCAGUCUUUUUCAUUUUAUCUGCGAUUUCUGCAGGAUUGUUUGAGUGACGUGCCAAACGAAAUUCUGUUUUGUUCAAUCAGUGUGACGCUUGGUCGAUCUAGUUCUUUCUUCUCGUCAUCCUUUUUCAUGGAAAUUUAGUGAUAAUGAUGUGAGAAAUUCUUUGUUGGUGAUAUACCAGGUGGUCUAUGUUACAAGAAGUGUUGAAGAGUUGGCAAGAGUACAGAGACGAAGAAAGGAGACUGUCUAAAUGGUUGAAAGAAAAGGAAUCACAGAUUGAAGAUAUCAAGCACAUUGACUUGGGCGAUAGCGAUGUUGUAAAGAAGACGGUGAAAAUCUUGAUGGUUAGUAUUAUUUGUGUCGUGGUGACCUUCCUCUUGCAUAAAAUCCCUAGUGUACUCUCUUGUUAUGGUUUUUUAGUCUAAAGCAUCAUAAGAGGCGAAAAAAUGUGAUCCAUUUACGAUUUAUGGUUUUUACUUCAAUUUUGAGUUCUGUGAUUCCGUUGCCAUGGUAAAAUUGAAGUUGGUUAGUAUUUAAUUUCUGGCAGUAUUUAAUAUCUAGCAUUAUUUAAUAUCUGGCAGUAUUUACCUACAUUUUGGGCUGUAGUUGUUGAAGCUGGAAAUUUAUUUUUGUCUUCAGGUGUUGUGAACACCGUGUAACCAGUUUUAUCCUUUAUUUCUACUUUGGACAGGCUUUAGAGCAAGAGAUGGAAGCACAACAGGCCACGUUUGGAACUUUUAAUCUUGCUGCCGAGAAAGUCGCAGAAAACUUAGACGAGGACUCGCCUGGAGUCUCUGAGAUUCAAGACAAAAUGGAAGAGUUUAAUGACAGAUGGAACAAAAUUACCACAGAGGUUUCCAGUAGAAUAUCCCUGGUAAGGAAUGGUCUGGCGCUCAUCGAAUAUUACGAAAAUAACUCCGCUUACGGGUUCUUCGUCUGGCUUUCUCCUGUUUUAAAGUUAAAAUUCUAAAUAAUUUUUACGUAAACUUCAUAGAAAAUCCAGGUAAAUUGAAACGAGGACCUGCUGUGUGACCUAUCGGUCAUGUGCUUUGAAAAUACCAACAGCAACAGGAUCUUUAAUAAUGUUGACGGCAAAGCAUACGCAUGCGCUGUGAGCCGAUAGGGGAUUUCACCUUUUACCGACCUUCAUCAGCCGUAACGUGUCUAUCGUUGGGUCUUUUGUAUUUCUCGCGCCCUGUACGUUGCAUCAAGAGUAAAUGCUUACUAAGAAUUUUUGCUAUUAGUUGGAAGGUAUGGACGUAAAACUGCAGCAUUUUCUGUCUGACUUGGUUGAUAAGAGUCAAUGGAUCACAGAUACAGAAACACUGCUCAAGUCCCCCGGGUUUAAUCUGGAUGAUGAAAACAUUCCUGGUGAUAAAGUGGCUCAACAGAACGAACUGGUUGAGGUAAUAGAUGGAAAAUAUAUAGGGCAAUUUUAGCUCGGUCUUCGAAUGGUAGAAGUCGCUAUUCAUUUGUGACGUGUAACGAGGGACAUAAGACAUUGUAUUCCCAAAGCUAAAUUCGUUGAGGAAAUACCCCGAAAGACCAUAGCAUUCUGGGCGAUGGAGUUACCAACGAGGUUUCUAAGCUCAGAUCUUUGUAUCUCGCUGUCUGAUUUAUUAUAGAACUCGUUGGGGACACAUAUUAUGAUCAUGUUUCACAAGUAUUCUAUACAGUACCAAGAUCAGCAGCGAUGAAAGCUUAAUGAAAGUGUUUUACUUGCAUUAUAUUUUCGAGUGUAAAUUUGAAAAGGAAUUGCGUGAAACAGACGAAUUACAUGUCUCAAUCGCUCAUGAUUUGGAUGUAUUUUGAGAAGAGUUUUCUUUCGCCUCCACAGUCUCUUGACAACGCUAGGAGACAGAGGAAAUCAAGCGUGACGACCGUGCAGAAAAAAGGAGAAGAGUUGAUCGAGUACUGCCGUAGUCAAGGCAACAUACCAGUGUCACUUGAACAAUCGCUUAGCAACUUUACCGACCGCUGGAAUUCCGUGGGUAGCUUAAUUGAUGAUCGCAGGCACAAAGCUUUGCUGGCACGUAGGAGGCGGGAGGUACAAGACUUGAUGAUAACUCUUGAGGCAGUGAUCAAGGAUGUGGAAAGAGUUAUUCACAAGUUUAGUGCUGAAGUCCCUGACAAUGAGUAUGAGAUGAAAUCACAACUGGAGUUAUGUAAGGUGAGUGGGUGAAAUCAAAUUCCUUGUAGCUCAAGGUUCAAAUGCGUGAAAUCAAAUCCCUUGUAGUUCACCUCCUAUCUACUGGUUCUAUUCUUAAAUGAUAGAUUUACACCUUUCUGUGAUUUUGGGAUCAGUUCUCUUCAUUUCCAUACUGAUUUUCCUUUAUACUCACCCGUGUUGGGUUGCCAGAAACCCGACUAAGCUAACGUGAGCGUUGAUAUUAACACAAACUGUUCCACUGUAGAUAAAACUCGAGGAAAUGACCGUCAAUGAGGUCUCCAUGAUCAAAGUGCGUGAACUGUCGCGGAAUCUGAGUAAAGAGGACAGACAUACCCCACACCUCCAGUCUGGAGUGAAACGACUGGAUGACCGCUGGACAAAAGCGCAGACGACUCUGGAGGAUAGGCAGAAACAGCUGACGGCCGCACUGGAGUCUGGGCCCCCAAAGCAGUUCCUCAGCACAAUGGACGCCGUCCUGCUUAAGAUUAAGAGCAUGGAGUCACAACUCGGCGCGGAGUUUCUUAUUUCUGAUACAACAUCUCUCGAGGAACAGUUACAGAAGUACAAGGUGUGAAGGAGAUUUAUGAUUCAUUUUUGUCUUUAGAAAAGUGUCAUUUGAAGUGAUUACCGUCAGAGGUUUACAUUGAGUUCAGUAUGAAGUCACUCAACUCCUUGAUCUCGUUUCUCAGCACAAAGCUGAAAAUGUUGUCUGCGAACUUAAGAUAUCUAGGCGACAUAACAAGAGCCGAGUCAUGAAGUCGAGGCGUCAUGGUUAUGCAGACAAGAGAGAAAAAAGAUACAGAAGCGAAACAAGGCACUUUAAACAGCUGACCAGUAUUUCUACCUUGUAACAAAACACAGCUUACGCUAUGAAUUGCGAGGGAGCCUGAAAAAAGUUAUUUAUCUUCUUAAACAUUCGUAUUCCCUGUUAUCGUCUGUAAAGACUGAUAUAGUUGUUUUUCCUUAGUCUUCAAUGUUCUUCGGGUCCACAGAAAAAUCUUCAUACGUAAGAAGUAUUAAUUUUCUCUUCAACAGCAACUGCAGGCGAACAUGACUGAACAGCAAAGAAACAUGGACUAUCUCAAUAGCACUGGAGACAAGUUUGUCAAGUCUCUUCCCCGACAGCGAUCAGAACAGCUCAGGAUGAAGCUAGCAGAUCUGAAUGAUAAAUGGCGGGACAUCAAUCUUCACGCCGAGAAGCGACAAAACCAAGUAAGAAUGUCCCUCCGAGCUUCGUGAUAAAAUAAAACGUCUCUCUUUGGUUAUUGAUUUAAGUUUCAGAAACGCUUCUGAUGAGCUCUCUUCAGUUGACAGAUACCUUGUGAGAAUAUUGUCCUGUUUAGGACAAGGUUUUGCCAACAAAUACUCUAGUCUUUGGAUGGUGUUCUUGGAAAAACGUUCCUGUUUGUCUUGACCCGUUAACUCCCAUGAGUGACCAAGACAGAAUUUCUCCUUACAAUAUCAAUACAAUAUCAACCACAUAAGUGGUAAGAAUAAAGAAAAAUAUCAAUUUGGGGAUAAUUUGUUGAUCCAAUACUAAAUUCUCUGAACCAACAUUACAAGAAUUGUAUGGUUAACAGUAAGGAGAAUGACAAAUUUGAUCUGGGAGGUAAAGGGUUAACUUACUUUAUCUGUCAGGUUGGAAAGGCCGUCAACCAAACUCGGCAAUUUACGGAAGAGAUCCGAGGAUUGUUUAAAUGGAUGACAGACGCUAGUGAUUUCCUUAAGGAUCAGGAACCUGCCGCUGGCGACCCGGAAACGCUGGAGGCUCAACUGGACCAGAGCGAGGUCCGUUUUUUUUUACUUACCUGCAUUCUUACUUAAUAUCUCAUGGAGAGAACAUCCAUCUCAGACAUAUACUGUAGCUGUGACAAAUUGAAACAAGUAUAAUCCAGAUAAGCCUUGGAAACACUCGCAUUUCGUUUUCAGAGAUGAUAGGCGGCAAAGUGAAAAAAAAAUUGAAAUAUGUUGAUAAUGUGGGUUGCCGGAAGCUUUUUUUUAGGGUAACAAUGUUUCUGUUGGCUCAAUCUUUCUGUUUCUUCAAUGUUGUUUUUCAGGCCUUGCAAGGCGAUGUAACCAAGCUUCAGCGCAAGUUGGACUCUUUGAAUGAAACUGGGACAUACAUGAUAAGCAAAGCUUCACCAGCUUAUGCCGAUAAACUCAAAAACGAGUUGGAUGAACUGAACGGACGUUGGGAAGAGCUGGUACGUGUGUCGCUCAGAGUGAAGGAUAAUUUGGUUGCAGCUCUUGAGAAACAUCAGAAGUUGAGUCAGGACAUGAAGGAGAUCAGCCAUUGGAUCAUGCAGGUGGAGCGGUCCAUUGUUGAUGAUGAGGGAGAGAUCACGGGUGGUGGCAUCACCAAGGAGAGGAUGGAUCAUUAUAAGGUAGCAUUACGUGUCCAGGAAAAAGUAUUGACUCGCCUUGCAUUUUACAUUAACUUGACUGCAGAAUACCUCGUGACUCUAACAAGAGAAAGUUGUUCUCAAGAUGAGGGCGCAGUCUUUUUGCGUUCAAAGCGAUUUGGGUCGUAGGUGACUUUUGUUACAAUUGGAAAAUGUUCAUGUUGGUGUUGUUAUGAGGGUAGGGUUCAGGGGUCACGGAAAACGGGAGUUUCGAUAUGAUUUUUCAUAAGCGGCUGCCGAUGUUGUAAACUGUGACUGUGCUCGGAAAAAGGUGUUGUAAAGCCCCUCCCUUCUUCUUCGGGAAAUCAGGGGGGUAUGCUAAACAGAGGGCGUUAUACCACCAGUAAGUGGAUUUUAUUAAAUUCCUUGUGUAAGGGCUCGUUGUUUUUUGUGUUAGAGAAAACCUUCUAUCCCCUGAAAGAAAAUAUUAUCUUUGCACUUCUUUGCAAAAAUAGUUUUCUUUUUGUGUUGCAAGCUAAUAAAAGAGUCUGGAAUUGAUAAUUACCCUAAAUUUUUGGCACAAUUUUUUGUACAGGAACUACAACAAGAUAUAUCCAAGCGCGCGCCAGUAGUUGUUCGAAUCAACACGACUGGAAAUCAAUUGAUUGACCGCACAAAACAGGGCAGCCCUGCCCUCUUGAAAGAAAACUUGAAAAAGCUGAAUAGCGAUUGGAACCGUCUGAAGACUAAGGUUGCACAGCGGCAGCACGAGUUCAAGCAGACUCAAUUAGAAAUGGAACAGUUUCAUGUGUUGAUCGAGCGAGAUUAUAAGCUGAUUGGUGAACUGGAUCGAGUUGUGGAGAAGAGUUAUCACGUUCUCGAGGGGACUGAAACCGAACUUGAGGAAGCUCUAAGGGUACGUCAGGUUUAUUUUAAGGGUUUGAAAUUAUAAUAAAGUAUAAAGGAACAGAGGGUUGGUAAACUGGGUUAAAUUCACUCAUGCGGUUGACGCUUGGCACCAUGGUUAGACCCAUGGACCCAGGAUUGGAGGACUUGGUGGGAGCCUCGAUCAGGUCACUGUGUUGUGUUCUUGGUCUACGCAAUUUACUCCUAUAUAGACUUGCAAUGCUUCCCUUUACCUCAGGGUUGGGUUGUUAAUGGACCAGAGGAGCAAACCAUUUUGGAAACUAGUCUUGUGGCUGAACGGUCACUUACAGUGGACAAGCAUCCCAGGCAAGGUAGUGACAGCCCUCCUUGUCGCUUCUUGCUACGGAAACCAUGAUAGGUUGUGACAGUAAUGGGUGCUUAAAAUCUUUCCAACAUUGAUUACCACAUACCCUCUUUAAGCCACUUAUCUGUGACUUUGCACAUUACUUCUGUUUUCCUCCUUGUAGAAUCUAAAUCGUCAUUUCGCAGCCAUCAAGGAAAGCGGUCCAGGCUCGGUGUCAGAUCUCGCCAGGCAGCUGACGAGCAAAAGAAUCGCUGUAAAUGUGAUCAGAAAAGAUAUGGGAGAGUACGAGGUCAGUUUAAUUCUCAUUACCCUGUAGAGGUUCGUGUUUCUUGAGGGAUGAUCAGUUUUCUGUAAAUCCUUCUCCUUGCUCACCUAAUCCUGGCUGCUUUUGUUAUUAUCAGGAUCGGUUGUCCGUCAUUAAGGGUAAAGUUGACAAAACACGCCAGGUUCUUGAAGGAGAAAUACAGCGAAGGCAGCAGAUGAAGAAAGACUUGGAGACAAUUAGGAUGUGGUUUGUCAAGAUUGAAGUUCUCAUCAACUCGAAACUCGCCAAACACGAAGAGAUGGACGAGAGGGAAAUGAAGGUAAAUGACAAACCUAAACAAGGCACUGAAAUAAAAAAGCAAAUAGACAUUCUGACUGACUGACAGCCUCAAGGAAAGAGAGCUGGAAAGACAGAACACAACUACUUGUUGGAAAUUAUUUGGCCAUUCAGAUGAAAAAUUUACAUAUAUUUUAUUUAGCCGGACUAUGAAAUAAUCAACACAUUUUUAAGUUAAACACCUUCGUAAAUUAUUUUUUUUUCGUGUAUAAUGCAACUCGUACAAAGUAGCCGAAAAAAAAAUUGAAAUCUUUCUUGAACCAUUAAGAGUCAGAUUGUACGACUUGUUCCUAUGAUAAAGACGCAAAUGAUGGGGAUGUCACGAGACGACGUUGUUUCUUCUUUUUUGUUAAAACAGGCUCUAGAAGAGGAGUUCUCUCUAAACCAGUCACUUAUGAACUCAGUGGAAUCAACGGCCACUGAACUCAGCAAAACCCCUAAAGGAUCUGUCUACCUUAAGGUGUUAAAAGAUCUGGAGCAGAUUAGACUGAAAUGGACAACAAUCCACACUAGGUUCGUAGACCUCAAAGAGCAACCAGGUAAAAAACUAGAGGCGGAGUUUGACAAACUUCAUGGUCAGACAUUGACUGAUUUGGAUAAAAUACACAGAGGUGUGAAAAAGCUCAAGUUAGAAUCUGCUGAGCCAAGGAAUAUCAAGGGUCUUUUGGAUAAAUGUAUGGUAAGUUGUUCAUAUGGUAAUGUUGUUCGUGAAGGUAUACUCUGAUGAUUAUUUUUAUACUAUUAUUUUGUUAUCACAGUAUUAUUACUAUUAUAUAUUAAUAAUAAUCAUUAUCAUUAUUAGUAGUACCAUUUCUUAGGAUCUUCGUUUAUCGCUAGGCGUAAACAUACAGUCUCAUAUCAUUAACACUUUGCAUUUGAGAAUAAUUUACUUCUUUUUUAAAAAGCACUCUUUACUAAAGCUGUACCGACCCUUCAGAUAAUUAAAAAAAAAACAACAUUCGUAAACUAAAAAUAUAUUUUAACAUCUUGAGACUCUGAUUUGUUUUUUAAUAAACUUUGUUUUGGAAUUAAAAAUUCUGGGUGCGUGACCUUAGCGUAAAAUUGAUGGAAUGAACAAUAGCUUUAAUGCUUCGUGUUGAUAAAUCAGCUUUCCAAAUUUACGUGAAAAUAUGCACUGCUUGUUAGUUUUGGUUUCCAACUGAUUUUCAUAUCCUAAUUGAGCGUUCUGAGACUCGUUUCAAAGUUUAUCAAGUCAAUCCGUUGUUUAGAUUUUAAAUAAAGUUUCUCUUAUUGUGCAUGGAAAAAUCAUUUAACCAAGAGGACUACCUUUCAUUUCUUUCCAAAAUUUGGUUUAAUGCAAUGUUGGUGAAUAUAUUGAUAUACACAAUGUUCAUUGGUUUUUGAGGCUAGAUCUUCAGAUAAUUUGAGGUUUCCUUUUAUCAAGAUUACGAUAAGGGUGGUAAAGUUUGGUUUUGAGCGAGAGCUUUUUUAAUUGUCUUGAUGCAAAUGAGAAGAGUAAACAGUGUUGUUGAUAUUUAUUAUGUUUACCAAGGUCUCUCUUCCUGCAAAUCUGAGGCAGACCUCAUUUGCUUUCAAAUUACCUGUUAGAGUUUUUUCCUAAUAAAAACUCUACGGUGUGAAAUUUAAGCUUGAAAAUUGGAUUCCAGCCAAGUUGUAAUGACUCUUUCAUGGGGUCUAAAUUAAAGUUCCAUUAUUUUAAGAAUUUUAAAAACAAAUUGCAGCUAGAUGUUUUUAAAUGACCUCCUGAAGAGAGUGUUUUAGCAAGAAUAUUCUUUUCAGUCGUCUACAAGAGUUCGUAAAUUUCUAAUGCAGAUUAUUUGUGACCACAAUUUGUGGUAUCAUGUUGUCGUCAUUUUGUAACAAGCUGCGAUCUGUAGCCGAGGUAAUUGUGUUACACGUUUUGUUCUUCGAAGCUUUGCCUUCGUAUUUUCCUUUCAGCUCGGUGGUAAAACUGAAUGAUUCUCGAAUCUUAAGACGAAUUCGUUUGUUUUUGUUGCCGAUCCUCAAAUUUUCUUUUGUUUUGAAGAACUGUGCUUCUUGUCGCAAAUACUGGCGGUUGAGCUUACUGCUAAAAAACCUUUGAAAAAACUUUUAAAAUCCUGUAGUGAACACAUAAAAAAUUGGUGGAUUUUUUGUUUUUAAAGCUAAUUACACCAACCGUAAGUCGUCUUUUUCUUUUUUUUUUUUAAAGACAGGCUUCCACGGAGCUUGGUGUUAAUUAGGCACGUCUCUAAGCGAGAAGUGAGACUUUUUUUAAACUAAGGAUUUACAAUACUCGUAACUUCGUAACUUGAAGGAAGUGACAUCUUUCGUUGUAUGUCUAUGCUUCGUCAUCUGUUUUCCAAGUUUGCGGAAAGAUUUCGCUGUCGCGAUGUAUUCAUUUCUCGUUUGCAAAUAUAUUUCCCUAUUUUUUGACCGGAUGUAUCUGAGAGCGUCAGCAUAUUUUGGUUUCACAGCGUUUUCUUUGUCUCGGAGCAAGGCCCACAAGGAUACCUUUGCUUUCUUUCAAUAAGGAAGAUCAAUGUUUUCACUCAGGAUGGCCUGAGGUCGUUAUGGAGAACCUGAAAAUUGUUGUCAUUCAUUGUUGGUGUUAAGAUGGAAGGUCUUUGCCAUCGAUUGGCCUCUCGGUGUGUUGAGAAGUUUUGCUCUGUUUUCAGAGCUGUCAUGUUGUUAAGCACAGUUCAUAAUAGUUGUUGUCAGGUGAAGUUGGUCUAAUCACAAUGUUCUUCUCUCGCUGUAGUCAUACAAAGAUGAACUGUCCACAGUUAAGAAAGACUUGGAACAAGUCAAGAAGCUUGGCUUUCAGAUUAUGGAGCGAGUUCCAGAAGAAAAAAAGUCUGGGGUCGAAAGACGAGUGGAGGAAGUGGUUCAUGAACACAGGGAACUGGAGAAGAAAGUACGAAGCAAGGACGAGGUUAGUGCAUGCACUGUAAGGACAAUUUUUAGCGAUAGUGGGAUUUUUGUGCGUCAUGUUGUGCAAGAUAAAUCAACUCGCUUUCGCUUCAAUUUCAGGUCGGAUCGUCCUACCAUUUAUCAGUAAUCUUGAACGUACUGUACGACCCUAAAUUUUUAAUUCCCCUUCCCCUCCCUGCUACUCAUCUCGCCUGUCGCUGCUCUCACAAGUCCCCUCGCAUAAUAGCCUGGUUUCCUGUUUGAUAAUGAUGUAAAGGGCAAAGUUCUUUAAUCGCUGUCAAUUCCAGCUGUGCUUCAAAACCAGUCAGCAGUUUAAUUUUAGCAUAUUACUGAGCUGACAUGGUCAAACCCAUUCCCCCUCACUUCUUUACUGUUGCUUCGCCAGGUUUGUUUUCUGUGGGAGUAUAUUUGGUAAUCAGGUUUUACUUUUCUAUUGAGAAGGCGGACCAGUCUAAUUUUCUUUCAAUUUGGGGGGCAUUUGGUUUAAGCCUUGAAUGGGGAAAUAAUUUGGAUUGCGGUAAGUUUGAAGAAUGUGAAAUCAUCUGGGACUUUUUCGUGACUUGUGGCUUGUAAUCUUGUUACAUUUUCAAACCGUGAAAAUCACGAGAAAGUCUCAUUUGUUAUUUUUGCGCAAGAUCCGAAAGGAAGGGAUUACUUUGGGAUUACUUCGGGAUUACUUUGGGAUUACUUUGGGAUUACUUAGCAUUCAGAUGUUGUUACUUUUUAAAGUAUUUUUGUGGUGAUAAAUGUGAAUAUUUUCGUUUUUAAUUUAACAAUUCGCUCCCGACUGGACAUCGAAAAAUUAUCAUUUUUCUUUUGAUUAGUUUCCUUCUAUCAUGUCUUGCCAUUGACAAGUUUUUAAAAACCCAUUGAGGAUUUCCGGGAGACCCCCCACGUAGAAUCGAAGUCAAUGUUUUCAAUCUUCUCCAAGGAAUCAAGAAGAUUGAAAAAAGCUUAGAAAUUAAAAGGAAGAAAUAUAUAAAAGUUAAAAAGAAAAAAAAACGAAAAUGGAAAAAAAGAGAAAAUAGAGCUACUAUUUCUAGAAAUGCCGAGAAUCGAUGUUGUUUAUAUUUCAUUCUAUGUUUUCUUUUUUAUCAAAGUAACCGACAUGUUUGUUGUUAACUUGGCCUCCUUCUUAAUUUAACAUUGCAUGGUUGUUCAUGGACAGUCUUUUUAUCUUGCUUUGUUUCGUAAUUCAUCCCUCCUAGCAUAGCCAUUGAAAUAAUAUUGAAAUAAUAUUUCUUUUAUCGCAAAUUUUGAGAAUUUACCCAUUUUCAUGAUUCUUUUUAUUUUUUUUGUUACAAUGACCGGUUUGUCGGAACAUGCUGAUAGAUUUAAAAAGAUUCUUUCUGGAUUAGUCUGCAAGAAUCUAGAGAAAAGUCUUAUUAAUCUGACAUAUUUCGAUCUGCUUGGAUUCUUGUGAUUUGAAGAUGACAAAUGAUUUUAUCAGCUUUAAAUUCUAGAUUUAUUAUUUUGUUUUCAAUCUUUCUUGUCAAAGUACAGAUUAAUUGCCUUUCACAGGUAGUUAAAUGUGAUCUAUUUUUGGUUCAACAAACAGUAGCUUUUUCACGCCGACUUCAGCAAUUAUGAAAUUGAAAACAAAAUCUGCAAUUUAUUCUUUCAUUGGAUUUUCAUAGCCGACCCUCCCUGAUUGUUACUGAUAAAGCUGUGACAUCUGUUUUUAUUCCCUUUGGAUUAAUUAUUCCAACGGCGUCGUUGGAUCGUAUGAUUGCAGUCAAAAUUAUCGCUUCGGUUAUAUGUUACCAGACUUCGGCACUGGUAAACUCAUUACACUGGUUGCAUUGAAAUCCCCGGGAAGAAUGCGGUUUUUGGUAAGAUACAAAGGUAAACGAGUUUUGAACUAGAAAAGAGUGUGAAUUUACGAUUAGUCUUUAAACUUUAAUAUUUAUUCCUACGUUUUAAAUUGCGAACUCGUUAAAUUAACUUCAAGCAAUGUUUAAAAGGCGAUUUCCAAACUCCGCCGUAUUUUCUAAGAUUUCGCUCUCUGCCGCAUAUUUGAUUUUAAACGUACGAUCCCAGUUUUCUAAAAGAAACCUGAUCGUAUUUAAUUCAGGAAUGUUCAUGUAUUUCCGAAGGUUGUGGUUUGGGCCAUAGUCUUCAACGAAAUUUCUUGCUGUGAUAUUUCUGUUGCAGUGAUAACUUUGAAGUUGUGUGAUAUUUGUUGUGGUAGUCUUUUCAUGUUGUAUGCUCUUUAGCGUACGUAUUUCGUACUUCACCCCUCAUAUUCUGAAAACAGGAAUCACAAUGCAUUUAUGUAAAUUCACGAAUUGCAUAUUUUCUAAACCACUUUCUUGUGGAGAUGCUAUUAGUCGUUACUGGAUUUUAUUGUGACAACGUUGUAAGUUAAUCUUUUUUUACUGCAUAUUAAUUUUGAUAACCGUUUACAGUUCUCGAAAACAGGACUGCUUGAAACGAGAAGGGAGACAGGGAAAUUAUUGUUAUUAUUCUGAACUUACUUUACUACUUUGAAUUAUCAAUGGGUCAUUACUUACUUUACUGAGAUCAGGAGAACCUUUGUACAAAUCUCACAGAUAGAUUGCACUGUUUUCACUCGCUAAUACCGAAUGAAAAUUGUUGUGUUUUAGUUCGGCUGGCUUUUGCAUAAAAACAACGAUAAAUUUUUCAUUUCACGGCAAGUCUCGCGGUGGACGAGGAAAGUGACGUGACAAACGUGGCAUGACGAGAUUGUCUCUGUCAUGUGACAAAGUGUACGUUACAAUUAUGAAAGUGUCGGCACCUUCAGAUGGACCUCAUCGAUGAUUGUUUUUGUGCUUUUUGUCAUAAAAUAGAAUUUAAAAAAAGAAAAAGGAAAACACCUCCAUACAACAAUCCUUCUCGAGUUUCAAAGAGAUCCCGUGGAAUUCUUGAACUUCGAAUCUUUUUUUCAGAGUCUGUACUCUGGAAAGCAUUUCUGUAGAAAAAUAUGCAUAUUGGUGUCCGUAUAUUCAGGAGUUUUGGUUGGUCUUUUAUGAAAUUCGCCGACUUAUUAAAUUUGGCUUAGUAACGGUAGCAAAGCAAGUAACUAUAACCGCUGAUGUUUAACAUUGCUGAUCAUUUCAUUCCUAGUCUCUCCGUGAAGCGUUACCUUUGGCCGAGCGCCUGGAAAGAGAUAUGAACAGUUUGGAAAAGUGGCUGGAGGACAGGACUACUGAAGUGAAGAAGAGAGAAGAGGACGGGUUCCCCGAGGACGUGGAUGGCGAGAUUAAGUGGAACAAGGUUAGUUUUAGGGCAUUGAUGACAACGACAACAUAAAUAAAUAAGAAUCUUCUCCAUCCUCAGCCAUCCUUGUUUUGUCUUAGAUUAAUGCCUUUUUGGUGUUGUUCUAUCUUAGAGAACAUUUAUUUCGUAAUAGUUUGCAAUCCGUUAGAAUCCUCUCCGUCCUGUGUCUUUCUUGGUCCAUUAUUUUUUCUCAUUUUUUUCUAUCUUUAUUUACUAAUAUUUUGAAGUCGUAUACAAUCCGUGUCGCUCCUCUCUAUCCUUUGUCGCCUUGUUCCUUCUUGUUUUAUUAUUGGCUCACUGAUUUUUUUGGUUUUUUCGCCAAACUUAUGAACUUAUGUACAAACAGUGUCAAUCUUGUCCAUCCUAAGCCUUUCAUGGCUCCUUUCUGGUUCAGUUUUACCUCUUCGGUGUUUUUCUCAUACCAAACUUAUAUUUUGUUGUCAUUUCCGAUACAUUUUAGUUGAGUUCAUCCUUAGCCAUCUUUGCAACUUCUUUGCGUACUCUUACCACCCUUGUGUUUCUCAGACCUGCGAUCAGACGGUCCCUUUUUUCGGGGAGCACAAUAUUUUAAAUCGCAAGAGCCGGGGUUGGGAUUGUGAGGGUGUCCUUUUUCCCUCGCUAUGCUGCCUCCCCCCUCUCCCAAUAACUUUUGCGCCGCCACUGUAUCGGUCUCCUUCCAGAAAAAGAACGCCUGGUCGCAGGUUAGUGUUCUGUCUGUUCAAUCCGACAUUUUGUGAUGUCAGUCAAUCUGGAGUUAGUUUUGUUCUCCACAGCAGGAGUGAUUGCGUGACUCUUUAUGUACACUUUAUUAAGCCCUGUGGAGUUUCAGCAAUAUAGUUUCAAACUCAAGAGAAUAUCAUUCUUAAACUUGUGUUAGUUAGCCAAUAUAGAUAUUUCUGGCCUCGGUCUCUUUUGGUAACGAUCGCUAAAUUCAAGAGUAUAAUAUUAACUUAAUUAUCAGCAUCUGCGGCGCUCGAAUCCAAUAUGGCGAUGUUUUCGUAGUUUUAAUUCAGGCUUGUUCAGUGUAUUUGUCUGCUACGAAGCGACCGGAUAAGGAAAAACUCCUAGAAAAAUGUUAACCAGGAAAAGAAAGUUUUCUAAAGAUGGAAAAAUGCGCCAAGGUUUUGUUUUGACGUAUGAAUCUCGGAGUCGUCAAGCAAAGUAUUACAAGGUAGUGUUCUGAGCGGUUGAAACUUGAAUGAGAACUAACAUCCUAACAGUUUUCUUUCCGUUUUGACUGUAUGUUUCAGAUUAUCUGAGCAAGUGUAUAAAACUUUGACUCUUAUGUCAAUACCUUUGCUUCUUCAAAUUUCUUCUAGUGGAGAAGUAGUUUGUUCUAACUAGUCAUUUGCGUUGAAUAGUUAUGUAAUGUGGGUGUAUUUUCUCCGCUUAGGGUCUCGUGCAAGAGGUCACUGGCAAAAUGUCAGACGUGCAAAACCUCACACAAGUUGGUCGUGAAUUGGUCGACUUGUCUGAAACUGGCCAACUUGUGAACUUAGAAGACCGACUAACACGGAUCAAUAACGCAUGGGAAGACUUGAGUUCAGCGGCAGAACAGCGAAUGUUGACCUUGCCUAAGUACAAGGCAAAACUGGCGGACUUUGAGAAAUCUGUGGAUCAAAUGAACCAAUGGUUGGAGGAUAUGGAAAAAGAAACCAACAAAGUGCAGCCGAAAUUAGACGAAGCGGACGUAGCUAAGAACAAAAUUGACGUAAGUGCUUUAAAAUUUUAAGUUUACUCUUUAAAUUCUAAGAGCGAUAGUAUCUGAUUUAGAAUGCAAUAUUGGUUUCGGUGAAGCGUACGCGGGGCUUGGAUAGCAAAAAUUCAGAUACUAUUGAGGGCAAAUACGUACCUUAAGUCAAGAUUUCUGUCAUAUUCGUGGAAUUAAUACUAAAUGAAAUGAUACACUUCCUUUCGGUAAACCUGAUUUUUUUUUUGUCUCGAGAUUCAAAGUAAUAGUCCAGCCCUCGCAUAUUCCUGGUAUGUGAUAAUCAUUGCGAUAUUACAGUGAACCCUUCUCGUUUUUUGUCAAAUUUUAGAACAAAGAAAUGCCCAAUAACUCAUAUUAAAUUAAUAGCUCGUUUUUCACUUAAAGAGAGCAAAAGUAAUCUUAGAAUAAAUAAUAUGACUUCCGGUUACAAGUGCACUACAAAUUGAUGGUUCCAAGCAGGACAUGAGCGGCUUGGCUCGUCUGUUCAUGUGAAGGAGAAUCAAACUGCAACCUUGCAAAUUGCCAGUCACGGGAUUGAACUUCGUAGCGAAUCCAAUCGAAAGUACUCUAUUGAAAAUAUCAGCGGAAGCCUGCGGUUAUUCUAAAUAUUUCAAUUAUAUCUCCACUUCUGUUCGCCACACCACAAACACUUGUAAGAUAAGAAUAUCCCCUCAUCUAUAUCGUCUUUUGUCAGAUGUCAAUAUAGAAUCUUAACAUUCAAAAAUCAGACGUGCCUAUGAUGUGAUUUUCCUUGAAUCUCUACCAUCGACUUAUCACGCAAUCAUUUAGGACCCUCCUGAUUUAAUUAAGUAAGGGUGGCUCAAUAUAAUUGAAUUGUGGGCUAUUGUGAUUUUUUUGUUAUUGGGUGAGCGUGCAAUAUCGUAACGACUAUAUUCUUCUCGCCACAAAAUCACAUCGGAUAUUGAAUCAAUAACAACCCUAAAUCGUAAAAGGAUGUCUCUUAGUUUCAGGAUGAUGUCUCUUAGAGUACCGUUAAACAUGCGGCAAAAGUUGGUCGAGAAUGAUAAAAGCAUUAGGCAGACUCUCAUUGUCGCAAUACCUUUUAGGUCUUGUCAAAAAACCCUUCAUCUAAGCUACAAACCCUUUCCUUUUCAAGAAUGAUAAACAUAUGAAGUAUCCCCUCAGCUGGUACACCGUCAUGUUGGUGGGCAUUGUUAACUGGGAAAGUUAUCAUUUGGGGAUUAUUUUUCAUAUACAACCUCAAAUUGUCACGACAAGCUGGUCUUUAUAUCGUGCACGUUAAUUGGAGCUCUUUGCUUUAACCCUUGGAGUGAUUGGCUUCUAAUUUCUCCUUACAUCAUCAUCCUUAAAUCAAAUGUGAAGGUCAUGAGAAUUAAGGAAACGAUCAAAAAUUUAAGAAGCUCCAAAUUGUCAAACAAAUUCUCCUCAUCAGUACCACAGGAAAUGUUAAGAGAACUGUGUCGAGAGCUUGAAUACUUGUGUAACGGUGUAAAGGGUCAAGUUAAUCUUCGUAAAAGUUCCAAUAUGAACUCCUUCUAUUAAUUGGAAGCUGUUUUUAAAUGGUCGUUCUGUUCGUUCAUUCUGUUUCAGGAAAUACAAGAAAGCAUCAAAAAUCGCGAGCCUCAGCUGAAUCUAAUCAGGAAGCAGAGCGGUGAAUUCGUUCAUCGCGGCCGUCCCAUCAUGGAACCUUACAAGCGUCUGCUGGACAGAAGGUGGGAUGACUUGUCAGCUAGGAUAGGUCAGCUGGAGCAAGACUUGGAUGAGGCCAAAAGGACGGCCGCGGAGGCCAGAGCUAAAGGAGGAAGAGUGGAAACGGAGAUUAUCGUCACGGUGAGAAAGUCUUCUUUUUUUUGUGUAACUAAUACUUAUGGAUACAACAAUUUCACAGUUAAAAGGUAAACCAUGGAAGAAAAUGUAUCGAAAAAACCCUCUUGAUCUGGUCUUUUUAUGUUCAGGAGCGUAAGACAGUGUCGUCUACUCCCGGGGGGUUAUUUGAAGAAUAUCUAUCGAGAGAAAAAAGGACAGAAACUGACGCAGGACCCCCAAUCACCACCAUCACCACUCACAGGACCUACACAACAAAUUCGGCUCCAGGUGAGACUUAGAUUACGUAUGUAGCACAUGCAGCGGUGAAAAGAGAUCUCAGAGGAAAGACCGUCCCAUUUAUGUCUAUUUACGAAAGAUCAAAUGAUGGAAAAAGUUAUUAAUUCAAACAAGCGUGGAGAAAAAUGUCUGAGUUCCCCGCGCGGAGCCAACCUCAGACCGGUAUAGAGCCACAGAGAAAUGUUAUUGAUGUCGGCCGUAUACUGGGCUCAUACGCGACAAGCGUCUUGUAUACUAUUGUGAUCAACAAGAUCGAAAGCGUCGUGUGUGUAUAAGAAAGAUAAAUAGUUAAGUUAACAUAGCAUCGAGUCACGAGCUAUAAAGGUCUGAGCUUCAAUUGCUCUUGGGUGACUCCAAGGUUUUCGUUCAUGUUUCCUUUAACUAAGGAUCUGUAGAUCGCACAUUGAUCCAAAGUAGGUGUAAUCUAAAACGAGUGAUGUGGUAUACAAAUAGUAAUAAUAAGCUUUUUCCUCAACUCACUGCCAUCUUUUUUCUUCUUUUAGGGCACUACGUGGAUGAUGACUUUCAGAGGCGUUUAGAUCAGAUUCUUUUGGAUAUCAAAGGUUUGGAAGAUCUUAUUCGUGACAUUCAAUCUCCCAAGAAAUCAUCUGAGAAAGAAGUCAAAGAGAAAAUCAAGGUACGGACCGGAAACCAUUCCUUUAGAAGGAUGUGCACUGACAGAAGCUCGCAUUUGAUUUGGAAAUCUUACAUGAAUCGAGAGUUUGGAGACAAUUCUUAGUCAGGCUCUUAUUGGAGUUCAGUUAGGGAAUUUUUAGACAAAUUAAUUUUAAUGGCAUUCUUAGAUCCCUCCAAAAAGCCUAAACCCAAAGUUGGAUGAAAAAGCGCUCGGUGAACCUAUGUCAAAUCUUAGAAAACGCCUUACCUACGUGUGUGUAUUGGAGGUUUCAUAAACGCCUUGUGGACCUCUUCUUUAGGUUGCGGAAAUUCAAGUUGACAAUCUGCAGCCCCGCGUAGAGCACCUGUUGAAGGAGAGCAAAACCUACGCUAACAGGGAGGGGGCACGGGGAGAUCACAUCCACCAGUCGUUGCUUGAUUUGUCCAGUCGUUGGGUGAAGGCUUGUGAUGAAGUCGAGAAGCAGAAGAAAGCUGUCCGUAUUGUGCCGAACUGGUAUCAGUUCAGAAGCAACUUGGAUGACAUUGAUGCGUGGCUCAGAAAGAUGGAGCAGGAAAAAGAAUUAACGGUUAAGGUGAGGAGGACUGGGUCGAUUGUCAUACUCAACACGUGCUGCGGUGUUUUGAAUGGUCACGAAGAGUAAUCAAAUGUUAAUGAGAGAGAGGAGUCUUCUGAAGGACAUAAGAUUUCUUUGUUUGUGUUUUUUUUUCCUUAUCGUUUUGCGACGUAGGAUAUAAGAUAGACAGAGAAUUUACAAUUCUAGUUUGCUUAUGAAGGCCGAUUAACAGUUGCAGAUGGAAGAGGUGGAAAUGAAGCAAUAAAAAAAAUGGAAAGGAUUGAAAAAUGUUGAAAUUUAUGAACUUGAGACUGAAUAAAGGAGAGAUUUUUCAAGAUUAACAAAUGAUGUCUUACUCCAUCAAUACAAUGAUGUUGUCUUUCCUAAUUCUUUAAAGCCGGAGGAAAUCGAGGAGCAACAAGCGAAAUACGAGAUGGUGUUUAAGAAUAUCGAGGAACUAGACAGACAAGGAGUUCAGAUACUGACUCCUCGCGAGAUUGAACGACUGAGGAAGAGAUUCAGGGACAUUCACACCAAGUUUAUGCAGUACCACAGGCCAGCUGGAGACAGUGAGUGGAAUGUUUUGAUAAACCUUUUACUUCUUCUUCUUUUCUUACUACAUUUUGCCUCUUGUUUUUCAUCUUUCAGCGACUUCUUAUCGCAUCACAGUUCACACUGGUGACGUAAAGGAUGCUGGUACGCAGUCGAACGUGUCUGUGAUGUUGUUUGGUGAUAAAGGAAAGUCGUCGAAACUUCGCUUGGACAAAUCCGAGACAUACAAUACCAAGUUCUGUCGCGAUCAGCUUGAUAUAUUCACCGUGUACAACAUUCCACAGCUCGGCGAUUUGCACAAGGUCCAAGUUUGGCAUGACAGGACUGGACCCAAGCCAGAUUGGUUCGUGAAGGGAUUUUACGUCGAAGACAGAUCAACUAGAAAGGUUUACUUUUUCAAUUGCAAUGCGUGGAUUGGUCGAGAUGCUGACAUUCAAGAUAUCAAGUGUGAAGGUUACACCCUACCAGAAGGUGAAAAAGAAGUCUAUACAAAAAUAUUCUCUUUGAGCCUUCAAUGCUAUGGAGACAAACUUAGUUUCUUACAAAAUUAAUAGCAACAGUUUUUCGUUCGAGGAGUCAUCGAUUUUGUUGUUUGCCUCGUCAACUCCCCAAAACCUCUCGAAAAUUGGUGAUAGCAAACGACUUUUUCUACGAAAUCUUUGUAAGUGAAGAAAAUCUUACCAAGGGGGUCCCAUAAACAAAUAAUGUAUCGUUUAACCUUGGUCAUGUAUAACCAUGCUCAUAACAUUCUACAACUUGAAUAGUGCAAUAGUUGAAUUCAAACACAAAACUUCGACUCAAGGAUUGUAAUCUGAGAAAGAUGUACGAAAAUUUACCAUGGCAAGGAUAUAAGGGUUUACAGGAAAAGGCCUGGGACUUUACGUGAGAUAUUCAAUGCCACAAAGGUUCGCGUUGGUUGAUUAGUCGUACAUUCAUUAAAUUUGCUUAACAAAUUGACAGUAAAGAUGGUGCGAAGAGAAUUUCAACCGGAUGUUUUCAUAUAGAUUAAUUUUGAUCAGUGUCUGCUUUGUUAUGUUAAACUCUUUGUAUUUUCCAUUACAUUGCCGCGUUGUCGGCGAGCGUAAUUUCAUUUGCUUUUAUUGGUGCAUUUCAAUAUUUUGCGAAGUAAAACCUUCGGAAAUGUUGAGAUGAACAGUUUUGUUUUCAAGUGUUACCUGUUUUGAAAAGAGAGAUACUUAUACUUUCCAAAUUGUCAUUCCAACCACGUGUUACAAGGCCUGCUAUUGGUUGCAGCUGGGCAACUCGCCCAGUGAAUAAUAAUUUCCAUUUGAAUGGUCGAAUUUCAAAAUAGAGUGUUCUGCUGGUCGUUCAAGUUUGAUCAAUUACGGAAAUCUACGAUUAUUUUACGACUUUUUUGUCGUUCUUAGUUUGUUUUGGUUGAUGUUAAGUGGCCGUGGCUUAUAGUUGGUUGCACUUAAGGUACGAUAGAAUUUUUACGAAAGUUACUGAUCCAGUUCUGUGUACGUCCGCCACUAACACCAUUUUCACAGAUUAAGCUACAAAUAGCAAAUUUUGAACUUUAUUUCGGCAUACCAAACAGAUCAUUCAGAUCAUUACAAAAUACUGAUUCUGUAAUUUUUCGUGAUUCUCUGUAUUCUGAUUGCUGUUUCCACUUUCUUGCUCAACAGAAGGCGAUGAUAUUAUGACCAAGGCAUCGCUAGCGCGAGUCCGCUGGCAAGUAACCCUUGUGGACCAUGAACCUGCCUUGACUCCCGGAUGGAAGUUGGUGGAGGACAUCAGGAAACUUUCAGAUGAAGUCCAUGAAGCGGAGCUGCUGUUAGAAUCUCCUGAGUUACAGAAAGCAGACUUCGAAGACUUCUCCAAACAGGAGGAUAAAUUGAAG